AACUACGUAGGGAUAAUGUGUCAAAAAAUCAGCCAAUAUGCGACGCCAAAUCACACAGAUGCGGAUCAGAGCAUGGAAGGACACACUCCUGUCGCAGAAAAUCCCCACGCAGAGUACGGGCUUACGGAAAACAUCCAGAGAAUAGUGGAGAGCGACAAGGCCAACGCUGAGAAAGUACCCAAACAGAAGGUGGAUCUCCAGACGCUACAGACUCUCCCCACACGAGCGUAUCUGGAUCAGACAGUGGUGCCCAUUCUGCUCCAGGGCCUCUCCGUGCUCGCCAAGGAACGGCCUCCAAAUCCCAUUGAGUUUUUAGCGGCGUUCCUCCUGAAGAACAAGUCGCAGUUCGAGGACCGGGGUUAAGCUGAAGGAUCGACGACGCUGCCGAUGGAAACGCGACCACGUCAUUCGCUCAAACGUCUGCAGUCCGCGUUAAUUGUUUCUUGGUUGUUUUUUUUUUGGAUUAAAAAAAUGUUAAAGCAGAAACACGA